AUGGGGAAGAGGAAGGCGUCGGUGAGGUCGAAGAUGGAGCCGAAGAAGAAGGUGCAGAAGCUGGCGACGACCUUCUCCUGCCCCUUCUGCAACCACGCCGACAGCGUCGACUGCACCAUCGACCUCAAGCUCAGGAUCGCAGAGGUCGCCUGCCAUGUCUGCAAGGAGAGCUACUCCACCAAGGCGCACGAGCUCACGGAGCCCAUCGACGUCUACAGCGAGUGGAUUGACGAGUGCGAGAAGGUCAACGUGCCCCUCUCCGAUGACCACCGGGACUCCUCCCACGACGAUAAUUUCGUCUGAUUGUUCUGUCGCGAUGUAAUCCUGGCACUGGACUGGAUUGUCUCAAAUUUUCUUGAUGUCUUCUUGAGUUCAUCAGCCUCUGUGUAUCAAGUAUUCAGGAGUAGCAAAAAAAAAAAUCUAUCAGGUAAUCUGGUGUGACUACGUAUAAUAAUAAAACUGUUGCUUGUGUGCUUCUCCUCUUCCCCGUGGAAUUGAUUGCUGCAGGGAAGGAGGCUUUUGCUAAUUCGGUGAUCUAUUGGAAGUUUAGAUGUUGGUUUAUCACGUUUCAGUUGCUUGUGAAUUUACUUACAGGUAGACAUAUAUAAUUUAUGCACAGUUUGUGAGAGAAUUUGUAAUUAAUCUCAUGGUUUUAUGAUUUCCUCCUUUUCCCUACUGCUAUUGC